UCGUGUAAUGCGUGGAGAAGUGCGUGCGUGUGUCGUAGGUGUGUGCGCGCGUGUGUCUUGACGAGUGGUGACUUCGCUAACGUCAUGGCGUCGCCUUUUUCAUUUUUUAUCUUUUUUUUCUUUCUUGCUUUUGCCGUUUUGUCGAUUGGAUUGUCGACCGACGAGUGCGAUGAUGAUAAUGCGUGCACAUUUGAUUGGCUGGAUGUCGAGAAAGGAUGCCAACACGACGAGAUCACGUGCGGGCCGUGCCACGCCCACCAGACCACGCCCACAACCGAUUUCAUAUUUCUUCUCGAUAUUUCUCAUCCUAUCAAUGAGACAAGAUUGGAUUUGUUAUAUAAAUCAUUGAGCACGUUCAGGGAGAUGAUAUCUGAUGAUUCGAGUCAUGGGAGUUACCGGUUUUUGACGGCCGGUUUUAGCACGACCAAUGAGAUGCCCACCGUUCUUCAACACUUUACACGCUCAGUCACAUUUCUACAACAUGAUAAUCUAUUUUAUCAACAAGAUUCGAAUUUUGAGAAUCCGAAUGAUGUGAGUACCGAAACUCGUCUGCUCACCGCACUUGGUGCAUUAAACCAAACGAUUUCGAACGGCACUUUUGUAAUACACCGGGAAUCAACAAACAGCGACGAAAAACAAAUGGAAAUAAGUUCACUAACAGAAGAGCGGCUAGCAUUCAGAGAAGCCGCCGAUAUCCACAUCGUCAUGGUUACCGAUCUGCAGUAUUCGAGUGCGACAGAAAACUUUCUAUCAGACGACUUCAACAAGAGAUCACUUCGUGUCAUCAACGACAUCAUUGAUUCCCUACAGACUCGACCCAUUUCGAUCAGCAUCGUCUUCGAUACCACAAAUCAGGCGGCGAAGCUCCUAUGGGGAGAUCCAUUGCUUGCGAACGUGUAUAUCGACUUGAGGGGAUUCAAUAGAGCAUUUACUCUAAAGGCAUUGAUUGCUGCAGGAGAAAGUCAAGCCAGCACGCUGCAAGCGCACGCUCUCUCUCACGGUGUGGAGUUCCAAACAUUUGAUAUCAACCAGAUGAACAAUACUGAGUGGAUAAGGCACAUGUACUCGGGGUAUAUCCAAUCGAGUCGCGUUCGACCCGAAUUCUGUAACGAAUGUAAACGAAUGGUUCGUCCCUGUAAUCACACACUCGGAUGUCAAAUCGAAACGGUCGACUGUCCCGACAAACACUACUGCUCUCCGACACAUGGAUGCGUCCCGAAACCGAAGAAAUCCGACCGAGAAGGAAACCGUUUUUUGACAAAUUCGGAUGCCGACGAGUUUGUCAACACAUCACAUGAUACAGACGUCAAUCAUUCAUGGAUUGAGACUCGGAUCGUUAACGGCCAUGUGCCUGUGUGGGAGUGGCACCCGGAUCGACCGUUUACACACCAAUUGAUUUCAAUGGGUAAACCGGUUGUCAUUAGGAACGCGUUGCCACACAAAUGGGCGGCGAAAGAGAAGUGGAACAUGACGUAUCUAUCGGGGAAACUUGGGGAGAUAUUGACAGACGUGAAACAUACGAAUGACGAGAUGUUAACAUACGAUCCCGACCGACGAGUUCCAAUGGCAACGUUUCCCACCGUCGACUUCCGCUUGCCGUACACGGUGAGAAACACAACGAACGACGAGUUCUUCCGAUCGAUUCGAAACGAGAGCGAAACGAUUUACGGCGGCUGCUACUAUUUCACUGACAUGCCGGACGAACUCAAACCGGAUGUGGACCCACACGAGCCGUUGUUCGUCACACACGAAGACGUCGAGAGAUUCAAACAGUUUCUGUGGGUGUCGUCGUCCGGGAUGAUCACACACACACACUUCGAUCAGGACUACAACUUUUUCGUACAGAUCUACGGCGAGAAGGAGUUCACACUAUGGCUGCCGUCUGAGCACGCUCAGAUGCACGUGUUUCCUCGUGUCCACCCGAUGUGGCACAAAUCGAGAGUGAACCUUCGUCGUCCCGAUCUCGACCAGUUUCCACACUUUGCGAAGUCUCGUGCAUACAAAGCACGACUGCAUCCCGGCGAUCUACUCUACGUGCCUCCAUACACAUGGCAUCACGUCGUCUCAACGACUCCAUCAAUAUCUCUCUCUACAUACUCACAUGAUUACUCUGUAUACGACCACAUGAACGCUGUGUAUCGUCACGACCACAAGUUCGAUCUUCUCGCCAACAAGACGGGCCAGAUGUACGCCCUACGUCUCUACCUCGAUCUCAUGAUCCACGAACUUGUCGGCAACCAUCAGACCACUCCCUAUUUCGUCGACCUACUCGACACACGAUACACCGGGUUGCAUCGUCUCUUCCCUGUUUCUCGACGAGACAAACAGAUCUGCAGGUCUCGUGUGGUGAACAAGAUUCCUACUGCACAACAUGUGCUCGGGUAUGCGAAGUUGGAUAUGGCGAUGAUGGCGCCACAUUUCGCUGCCUUUCGGCCGGAAGUGCGAGACAUUUUGUUUGCUGAUUAUGUUGAGGAGAUAUCAGCACAGGUGGUGGGGGUGGACAAGCUGUUGGCGUUUUUUAGGUUUUGUUUUACUGGGCAGGGAUAUUAUGUGACUGAUGUUGAUGACGAUGAGCAUUCGUUGUGGGAUCAUAAGGAUGAUAGUCCAACGUGAAGUUGGGGUUUGGGUUGGAUGUGAAGAUGUAAAUUAAGUUUUGUUGAUAUUAAUGGAUUUUAUAUAAAUGAG